CAGGUUCAUUCACACAUAAGCCAAUUGAUAUACGCAUACGGCUGUGCUGCUGCCUUUGAUUGUGUAUGAAAAUGGCCCGUGUGUACGGUGAGUGUGUAUUGCAUCUGAUGUUCAUCAAUGUAUUUGGUUCAGUACGAGCAUAAGCCAUGCAAGAACCCGAAUGUAUCGCAGAAUAAGGGUGAAUUUCGUGUGUAUGAUGAUGCGGCGCAGUGUGUAAUGAUUGUAAUAACGAAUGAUUUACUUGAAUCUCAAACAUGGCUGCCACAUCAAAUCUAAUGAUUGUCGCGAAAAAAACAACAUUGUGAACAGCAACGCGUUUGUACACACACACGUAGUGCCUACCGGAAAUUUUCGGGCUCUUUUACAUAGAAUUUUUUUUUUGUUCUUUUUCUCAUUUGGAUAACAGAACAUUUCGGAAUAAUUUGCGUGUUAGAAAAGAAAAACGGGUGAAGAGAAAAAUAGAAGGAAAAAAAAAUUAGAAAGAAACAAAAGUGAAAUUGAAGUGAAAUUGAGUCUGGUGAAAUAAAGUAAUUUCAUGCGUUUAAAAUGUAAUUGAAUUCGUUAUUUUCAUGGCACAUUUUUUGCGUACAUAUACACUCUGUUGUGAAUAACCAUUUCCACUUUCAACACAAGAUACGAGUUGAAUUUUCGUUUGAAUUUGAGCAAGGUAAAAGAGAAAAUUAAGCGGAGCAAAGGUCAAGAAUUGAUCCAAUUUUCGAAGCGGCGGGUAUGGAACAUUUACCCAACAAUCGACUAAUAUGCAACAGCCACACAAAUACAGUAUAAACGAGAAUAGCGCAUCGAGCGCCACCAACAAAAUACCAUCAUCGUUCAAGAAAGGAUCAGUGAAAAUAAAUGGUCAGGUUUCAAUUGAGCCAAAUAGACAAGAUGUGCCAACGGUUCCGCCAAAACCAGCACGUCAGGCCAUUGGAUUGAAACGUGAAAUGGGUGCAGAUACACUGAUCGCCACCGGAAAUGGCCAAAUGAAGGCAAACCAUUCGUCAUCAUCGGCGGCGGUUGCGCCAGUGGCCAGCACAACAGAAACAGAUGAAAUCGAAUUUUUACUGGAAGAGAUUAAAGACUUGGAAGCGCCCGCAUGCCGGACCGAUUCAGAACAGGACUUUGAGAUAGCCGGAAGCCGUGUCGACCUCGAUUUAUCGUUGCAAUUAGAUUCACCGAUCGAUACAUCGUGGUAUUCACACGCCUAUUUUGCAAAUGCCAUCCAAAUGCCAUCCGUACCAUGGGGAGUUCCAUUACACUGUGAUCUCCGACCACUGAAAACGCCAACCGGAAUCAUUCGAAUACUGCUUGUGAUAUCGUCGGCAGCGUGUAUUGUAUGCGAAUUUUCUGCUGGUUCUGUUCAAGUCGGUCUGUUCUUCCUACCGCUAAUUGCUCGGCUUCGAUUCAUGGUUUUUUGUGCAAUAUUUUCCUUGCUGCUAACGAGCCUUAUGCUCUUUUUGGAUAUCUCGCAUAUAGCGCUUAUGUUUCCGUUCCAUUGGCCCAAAUUGAAUGCAUAUCUUUAUUUCAUAAUCAGCAUAAUAUUUUUGAUUGGCUCGUCGUUACUCAUACACAUGGUGUUUUUUGCCCGUGAAUAUAUGUGGGUGCCAAAACAUUCAAGGGAUACAUUGUUUUUAUCAGCAAUGCUUGGAUACACGUGUGCAAUCGAGGCGAUGGUGUUAUCUGUUAUGGGAUUCUUUCCAUCGCGUCGGUAUCGACAAGUACCUGCCGAUGAAUGUGAUUGCAUCAUUGAUGAGGGUCGUGAACUAACACCGAUGAGUUCAACACACAAAUCGUUGGCCAAUUCCAAUUCAAAUUUCCACAUUGCGGCUGAUGACAUCAUCACCGAUCGACGUUAAGCCUAAGACUUUGUUUCCAAUAAAUCCAAUAUAGAAUAACAACACAAUAACUUCGAAAAAAAACGAAGAAAAAAACGAGAAACAAAGUCAUAGAAAAUCUUAGCUUAUCAUCUUUUUGUUGCAAAUAAAAAAAAUGAUUAGAAUUUUUUUUUUUGCGAAAACAUAAUGUGAGAAAUGAUGAAAAAGACAACAACAAAGCAAAACAAAGAAACAAACGAAGAAAAAUAAACUAAAAAAAAUAAUUCGAUUUUCCAGCUAUCAACUUUGACCGUUUAAUCAUGAAACCGUAGAUAUCACCAAUAGACUAGGGACAGAACUAUUUAUCAAAUACAUAUUGAUUACAAUAUAUUUUUGUACAUAAUUUAACGAGCUAAGUUAAUUUCAGUUAAUGGGAUAUAAGAACAGAAGAAGUGAACACAUAUAGACAACGUAACUAGUUACACAAUUGCAUAAUCUUUAUCGAGUAAGCCAGAUAUAUUCCACAUAUUUAAUCAGAUCAAAUUAGGAUAGAUUGAAUCUUUGGAUUAUAUAUACUCCAUAUAGAUUUUUUUUUAGAAUUCCACUUUUAAUACAUUAUAUAUAUAUAUUAAUGAUGAAAUCGGGAAAAGUCGAUGAGAAAAUGUUUUCUACUCGCAAAUUGCAUUUGAUAUAUAUGGGAAUGCACACAUUUAUCACGUAGCAAAUAAUAUGGAACAACACCAUUGUCCAGCAAAUCCAAAAAAAAAAAACAAAUUAAUUCUAGAAUGAAACGCGUCUUGUGUACUGUUUGAAUUCAAAAUUUUCCGUUUGGUCGUGAGUCGGUGAUCAAAUUCCAGCAGAAACAAAAAGAAAAA